GAGCUCAAGUUGUCACUGAGGUUCAGGAAGCAGAGAGACGAUGAAGCAGAGAGGAGCCAUGGAGGAUCCUAUGUGGAGGAAAAUGUUUCUGUUUUUCAUCCUGCAGUUUACAGGAGCUCUGAGCAGAGAUCUGUCUCUCUACUACGCUGUCAGAGCUGGAGAUGACAUCACUUUGUCCUGUGAAAAUGUGAUCGAUGGUCACAGUAACUGUGACACAACAACCUGGGUCUACGGUUAUGCAAGUCAACCAGCUGUAGAGUUAGUUAUUCAUGGGAAGGUUAAGGAUCCCAGAUCAGACAGACUGAGUGUUUCUGCAAACUGUUCUCUGGUUGUAAAGAAAGUCACAGAUCAGGAUGUUGGUUUGUACAACUGCAGACAGUUUGAGAAACCAGGAGAAGGUCAGUUUGGUCCAGAUGCUUUGGUUCAUCUUUCUCUCGUUCACUUGACAAAACAUGAGGACCAGAACAAGAUGACAUUAACCUGCUCUGUGGUGACAGAUGAACCAUGUAAACACUCAGUGAAGUGGUUGUAUAAUGGUAACUAUAUUGAUAAAGACAACAAAGAAAUAACAGAAUCAUCGUCUUCCUGCUCUGCUGCUGUCGCCUUCCAGACGUCUAAUUACUUUUACCAGUCAAGGUUUAACACGUUCAAGUGUGAAGUAAAGAUAGAAAAUAAAGUUCAGCUUUUUACCUUCAGCUCUCGUCCAUCAGAGAAAGACAAAACAACAACCACAUCGGCAGUUACAACUAAACUAGAUGGAACAUCAGUCUGUAGAGACGGAGUGACAUUUUGA